GCGGUUCAGUGCCCGUGGAGAUUGGCAAGCUUACAAAAUUGACUUACUUAGACCUUUCGUUCAACAACUUGAGUGGUGUGAUGACAGAAGAUCAUUUUGUUGGUUUGAUGAAUUUGAAGUACAUUGACUUAUCUGAGAAUUAUUUGGAAGUUAUUAUUGACUCGCAUUGGGUACCUCCGUUCAACUUGGAAUCAGCAUGGUUAUCAUAUUGUAAUUUGGGUCCCAAGUUUCCUAAAUGGCUUCAAUGGCAGAAGAGCAUCCGUGAACUUAUUAUUCCAAACACAGGUCUAGUUGAUAGGGUCCCAGAUUGGUUUUGGACUACCUUUUCUGAAGCUACAUGGUUGGAUAUCUCCUUGAACCAACUUAGCGGCGACUUAUCAUUCAAUCUGGAGUUCAUGUCAAUGACUACACUUUUAAUGCAGUCAAAUCUACUCACAGGUUUGAUACCCAAGUUACCAAGCACAAUUAAGGUAUUGGACAUAUCAAGGAACUUCUUAAAUGGGUUUGUAGCAGAUUUAGGAGCUCAGAAUUUGCAAGUUGCAGCUCUGUUUUCCAAUGCUAUAUCCGGGACUAUUCCAACGUCAAUUUGUCGAUUGCGGAAGUUGCGGAUCUUAGAUCUUUCAAACAAUCUGCUUUCAAAGGGACUUCCUGAUUGUGGCCAAGAAGAGUUGAAACAUCAGAACCCUUCUGGCAAUAACUCUUCAAAAUUCAUUUCACUGAGUUCUUUCAGUUUGAAUAUCACGGUUCUUCUUCUAAGCAACAACAGUUUUUCAAGUGGAUUUCCUUUGCUCCUACAACAAUGUCCGAGUCUUAGUUUCCUCGAUCUAACUCAAAAUAGAUUCACCGGAGAGUUGCCUGGGUGGAUCAGUGAAGCCAUGCCAGGUUUGGUUAUGCUACGGUUAAGAUCGAACAACUUUUAUGGUCACAUUCCAGUUGAAAUCAUGGGACUUCACAAUGUUCGGAUUCUCGAUUUGUCCAAUAAUAACUUUUCUGGGGCCAUACCGCAAUAUAUAGAAAACUUGAAAGCUUUGAGUAGCACUGAGACAACUAUUGAUAAUCCUUUCGAAGAAGCAUAUGAAGGUGAGUAUCGUUCCGCUCAUAUAGGAAUGGUUAAUGUUAGCAUCACGGUGGUGAUGAAAGGGCAAGAGCUUGAGUAUGGGGGCAAUAUUGUAUAUUUGAUGAGCAUUGAUUUGUCUUGCAACAAUUUGACCGGAGAAAUCCCAGAGAAACUAAGCUCCCUUGUUGGUCUCGUAAGUUUGAAUUUAUCAUCAAACUUGUUGAGUGGAAAUAUCCCAUAUAAUAUUGGCAAACUUCAAUCAGUGGAGUCUCUUGACUUCUCGAGGAACAAACUAGGUGGUGAAAUCCCUCGGAGCUUAUCAAAUUUGACAUACCUGAGCAAUUUAAACUUGUCAUAUAAUAAUCUAUCUGGAAGAAUACCCACAGGGCAUCAACUCGACACCCUCAAUACGGAUAAUCCGGCCUCUAUGUACAUUGGAAAUCCUGGUCUUUGUGGACAUCCAGUUCCAAUGCAAUGUCCUGGUCCACCUAGGGAUCCGCCCACCAACGGAGAUCCAACAAGGUUGCCGGAAGAUGGCUUGUCUCAAAUAGAUUGUCUUCUUGGAUCAAUUAUUGGUUUUGUGGUGGGCACUUGGAUGGUGUUCUUCGGACUUCUCUUCAUCAAGAAAUGGAGGUAUGCUUACUUUGGGCUACUCGACAACCUAUAUGACAGGUUGUAUGUCAUUUCUGUUGUUACUUGGCAAAAAUGGUUCGGACCACGGGUGUGAAUUAAGCAAGAACUACCAAAGAUACCGCUACAAGAUUAAGGGGCCUGGAAAACUUAUUGCUAUAUUGUAUUGUCAAACACUUUACCAUUUAUAACUUACUGAUGUAUCGUAUUGUAUCUUUGUACCGCCGGUGGAAGUUGUGCAUGCCACACGGUUGUCUCAUAAAAUAUAUGUAUCCUGCUAUGACAUACACAUUAAUGGUGUAAUAGUAUUCAGAACUACUUGGAUUUCUUAUGCCA